CAAUUUCUGUUUAUCACUAAGAUUAUGAAUCAGAGUGUAUCUUAUUUUAAACCCUGAUAAUGCUGUUUGCAAUAUAGAUGAGAACCAUAUGUAUCAUUUUUUGCAUAUUUUGAUCUCUCUUGAAUCUGAAAAAUAUUAGCUGCUAGAAAGAAGAAAAGUAGAAGUUUGCUUAACACAAAAUGGGUCUCAUGCUUCUGAGGAAGAUCUGUCUCCUCUUUCUUCUCGUUUCAUCUUCACUUUUAUCAACUUGUCUGGCAGGCCGACGAAUAUCAAUGUCUGUGAAUAAGUUGGGCGUGGAAGUGGAGGCAACUCAUCAGGAUAAGGUGUCACAGCGUGAGGAGAUGAGUGUAAUACAUGAAAGGCUUCUGAAGGUAAACACAAAAGACUAUGGGAGAUACGAUCCAUCACCAACUUUUGUGAAGCCUCCUUUCAAGCUCAUCCCAAACUGAUCAAAUCCAUCAUCAAGCUUGGUCCAUUACUUGGCAUGCUACACCCUGAUUGAUCGAGCUAUUAAUAAUUAAUUAAAUAAAUGAAGCUGCAUGUAGAUGCAGCAGUCACUACUAUUAGCUAAUAUAUAUAUAUAUAUAUAUAUAUAUAUAUAUAGAACAUAUAUAAAUAUUAUGUAAUAUCUGUGAUCUGAUCGUUUGUAUAUUAAGAUGAAAAUACUAAGUUUUGAAUGCUUAUAAUCGAUGUUUUAUAUAUAAAUAAUUAAUUUUUGUUUUGUA